AUGCUUCAAUAUUUGGACAUUUCCAGCAACAAUCUUGAUGGUAAGAUUCCAAUGGAGAUCUUCAAAAUACCAGCAAUAAAUAUAAUUAAUGUAUCUUUCAAUAACCUCCACGGACAACUUCCUACAAGCAUUGGGAAUGCUAAACAACUCAUAAAUUUUGCGUCUUCAUCAAACAAGCUAUCCGGAGAUAUUCCAAACAGUCUGGGUGAUUGUGAAAGUUUAGAAUACAUUGAAUUAGACUCAAAUAUUUUUAUUGGAAGCAUUCCCACUUCAUUAGGCCACAUAACCAGCCUCAAAGUUUUGAACUGUUCCACCAAUAACUUAACUGGGCCAAUACCAAUAACUCUUGGCAACCUACAAUAUCUUGAGAAAAUAGAUUUGUCAUUCAACAAUCUUAAAGGUGAGGUUCCAACAAAAGGUAUCUUCCGUAAUGCUACUGUUGUGUGGAUUGAUGGAAACAAGGGUCUUUGUGGUGGGGCACUGGAGUUACACAUGCCAGCAUGUUCUAUUAUGCCUUCAAGUUCAACUAGACACAAGAAAUAUUUAGUGCUCGAAGGAGUUAUACUAACAGCCAGUAUGGUGUCACUUGCUAUUGUCAUAUUUGGCUUAAUUCUCUGGAGAGGAAAACACAAGAGAGAAUCUAUAUCUUUGCCUUCAUUUUCUACAACAUUUCCCAAAGUUCCUUUCAAUGAUCUAGCGAGAGCAACACAAGGAUUUUCAACAUCCAACUUAAUUGGCAACGGGAGGUAUAGUUCUGUAUACCAAGGAAAACUAUUUGAAGAAGAAAAUGAGGUUGCAGUAAAAGUCUUCAACCUCGAGACAAGAGGAGCACAAAAGAGCUUUUUUGCGGAAUGUAAUGCAUUGAAAAAUCUUCGGCACCACAAUCUGGUCCCAAUUCGAACUGCAUGCUCAAGUACUUAUUCUAAUGGUAUUGAUUUCAAGGCCCUAGUGUAUGAGUUCAUGCCACGAGGAGACUUACAUAAACUACUAUAUUCAACUAGAGACUCUGAAGGAUCUUCAAAGUUGAACCUUCUUACAAUGACUCAAAGGAUGAGCAUUAUGGUGGAUGUAGCAGAUGCAAUGGAGUACCUACACCAUAACAAUCAAGGAACAAUGGUUCAUUGUGAUCUGAAGCCUAGCAACAUUCUUUUGGAUGACAAUAUGACAGCUCAUGUUGGAGACUUUGGCUUGGCAAGAUUCAAAGUUGGUUCCACGGUGUUAUCUCUUGGUAACCCAAACUCUUCUUCGGUUGGACUAAUGGGGACGAUCGGAUACGCUGCUCCAGAAUAUGCAAGUGGUGGUCAAGUUUCAACCGCCGCAGAUGUUUACAGCUUUGGUGUUGUCCUCCUCGAGAUAUUCCUUGGGAGAAGGCCAACUGAUGACAUGUUUAAGGAUGGACUGAGUAUUGUGAAGUUUACAGAGAUCAGUUUACGUGAUAGAGUAAUUGAGAUUAUCGAUCCUCAACUGAUACAAGAGUUGGAGCUUUGUCAUGAUACUCCAAUUGGUUUGAAUGGAAAAGGUGUAUGCUCUCUGCUAUGUAUGCUAAACAUUGGUCUUUGCUGCACCAAGACAUCUCCGGGUAUUCGCAUCAACAUGCAAGAGGUGGCUGCCAAGCUACAUGGUAUCAGAGAUGCAUAUAUCAUAGAGAACUGA